ACGCGGAAGCGGGCGGCGGGGAGGCGGCGGCCGAGGGCAGGGCGGCCCUGCGGCGGGAGCGCCCCCCGGCGGCGGGGCUCGGCGGAGCGGCCCCCUCCCCUCGCCAUGAACAUCGACGUGGAGUUCCACAUCCGCCACAACUACCCCUGGGGGCGGCUGCCGGCCAGCGUCAAGCAGGGUCUUGGAAACUCUCAGAGGGAAUAUGAAAGGCAGGUUGUGCUCUACAGCAUCCGCAAUCAGUUACGAUACCGAAGUAACUUAGUUAAGCAUGUCAAGAAAGAUGAGCGCAAAUAUUAUGAGGAUCUGUUAAAAUACAGUCGAGAUCAUCUCAUGCUAUACCCUUAUCAUUUGUCUGACAUCAUGGUAAAAGGUCUGAGAGUAACACCGUUUUCAUAUUAUACAGGCAUAAUGGAGGAUAUAAUGAACAGUGAAAAAAGCUAUGAUUCAUUACCCAACUUUACUGCUGCUGAUUGUCUGAGACUUCUUGGUAUAGGAAGAAAUCAGUAUAUAGAUCUAAUGAACCAAUGUAGGUCUUCAAAAAAAUUUUUCAGAAGGAAAACUGCUCGUGAUCUGUUACCUGUGAAACCUGUGGAGAUUGCUGUAGAAGCUUGGUGGGUUGUGCAGUCUAGCUACAUCACAGAGGAUGACAUCAAGAUUUGUACUACAUCUGAGAAAUCUGCUAUUGAUAAGAUAAUUGAUUCAGGUCCUCAGCUUGCUGGUUCGCUAGACUUCAAUGUAGUUCACAGCUUAUAUAACAAAGGAUUUAUUUACCUGGAUGUACCAAUAUCUGAUGACAGCUGUAUAGCAGUGCCACCACUUGAAGGUUUUGUGAUGAACAGAGUGCAAGGUGAUUACUUUGAAACUCUCCUCUACAAGAUAUUUGUUUCAAUAGAUGAGCACACUAAUGUGGCAGAGCUUGCAAAUGUUCUGGAGAUUGACUUAUCUUUAGUAAAGAAUGCUGUGUCCAUGUAUUGUCGGUUAGGCUUUGCACAUAAAAAAGGCCAAGUAAUAAACCUGGAUAAUCUUCAUCCAUCGUGGAAGAAUGUUCCUUCAGUAAACAGACUGAAGAGUACUUUGGAUCCUCAAAAGAUGCUGCUUUCAUGGGACAGUGGGGAAAACAGAAGUCCUAUACAGGAAGCUGGAUCAUCAGCCACAGAUACAGAUACCAACAGUCAAGAUGAUCCAGCUGACACAGCCAGCGUGAGCAGCCUGAAUCUGUGUAGCGGGCACACAAAGCGUAUUGCCUUCCUGUUUGAUUCCACUCUCACUGCCUUUUUAAUGAUGGGAAAUCUUUCACCAAACUUGAAAAGUCAUGCAGUCACCAUGUUUGAAGUUGGGAAACUGUCAGAUGAGUCUCUUGACAGUUUCUUAGUGGAGCUGGAAAAGGUUCAAAGCACAGGUGAAGGGGAAGCACAGCGGUACUUUGAUCAUGCACUUACACUGAGAAACACGAUACUGUUUUUGCGGCAUAAUAAAGACCUAGGGGCACAAGCUGUACAACCUGAUCAACCAAAUAAUGGGUUUCCCUUGGAUCUCUUACGAUGUGAGAGUUUGCUCGGCUUGGAUCCAGCUACCUGCAGUAGAGUUCUCAACAAAAAUUAUACUCUGCUGGUUUCUAUGGCACCACUCACCAAUGAAAUUCGACCUAUUAGCAGCUGUACACCCCAGCAUAUUGGACCUGCAAUACCAGAAGUCAGUUCAGUUUGGUUCAAACUGUAUAUUUACCAUAUAACUGGACAAGGACCACCCUCUCUCUUGCUCUCUAAAGGAACACGUCUUCGAAAACUCCCAGAAAUUUUUCAGGGUUAUGAUCGCUUACUAAUAACGUCUUGGGGUCAUGACCCAGGAGUAGUUCCUACUUCGAAUGUGCUCACAAUGCUGAAUGAUGCUUUAACACAUUCUGCUGUUCUAAUUCAGGGACAUGGCAUGCACGGAAUGGGGGAAACCAUGCAUAUACCUUUUCCAUUUGAUGAAGCUGAGCAGCAGGGAGACUUCUCUCGUGUGAACAUGGGCAUUCAUACAGCUUUGAGAAUACUGAGAAACAAAGUGGAUUUACAGCAUUUUUGUGGCUAUGUCACUAUGUUGAACCCUACAAGUCGGCAGGCUAACAGAAAGCUGAGUGAUGCUUCUGAUGGGAGAGGAGAGGCUGAAUUGGCAUCAGGAUCUGAUGUAAAUGGGAGUACAGAAUCAUUCGAGAUGGUAAUAGAAGACACUUCAAUGGAUUCUUCAGUCAAGCAAAGCCCUGAAGUACCCACAACAGAACUGGAAUGGGUUCCCCUGGAAUUAUGCUUUGGCAUUCCACUCUUCAGCUCUGAGUUAAAUCAGAAAGUCUGCAGAAAAAUUGCCACUCAUGGAUUAUGUAGAAAAGAAAGCCUUCAAAAACUCUUACAUUCCAGUAGAAAGCUGUCUCUACAGGUCCUUAAUUUUGUUCAUUCAUUCCAGGAAGGUAUUUCAACACUGGAUCAGUUUCCUGAUCCCGGUUCUUCAAGUUCACUUUUGCAGCCUACUUCUGCAGAUAUGGGUGUCCCACUUCCUGCGAAGAAUCUGAUGUUCAGAGAAGGCGUAUUAUCUGAAUGGAAUGGACGGUCCCCUUCCUCAGUUUCUAUUUCAACCACAACUAAGGAACAGGUCAAAUAAAUAGGGAUUCUCGUGCAUUGAUCACUAAAUGCCUUUCUUCAAUUACAGUUAAUUUAUAGUGCCAACCACUAAGAAGUGUACUGCUGCUGCAGCAUAAUCCGUGUAAAAGUAGUGUUACAAAAAUGUCUUGUGUUGCAGUUUUGGGGAAAUGCUUAAACUGUCUAGAAUGUGUUACUCAUUACUGCAUAUCUUGCUGCAACAGAGAGCUUUUUAGCUGUCAGCACUGUAUUUUUAUCUUGAGACAAUCUUUCUUUUAUAACUAAACAUGCCCUUUCUAGGCUUUCUGAUUGUUAAAUUUCUAUGCUGUCACCACAAAAUUGCAAUAGUAGUUUUCUAUGUUCGUUACUCAGACAUAAAUUCUGUUUAGUUUUGUACUGUAUUACUGAAAAUCUUUCUGUAUAAAGGAAAGAGAUUUGGCUCUUCCUCUGAAAGCUCAAUGAUACCAACUGUUUAAAAAAUGUAUCAUGGUGAUAUGGGGCAUUAAGAAUUGUUGAAUUACGUAGUUCAGCUUAACACUGAGGCCUUGACAAAUCAGCACAAUAAGAAGGGGUUUGAUGCUUAUAGAAGGCUGAGUUGGUGCAGACUCAAUGUCCUGCUGAUGACUUGAGGCCACUCUGAAAAUGAGUGGUGCUGUUUCAUCUUUGACAUAAUUUAAUGGAGGUCUGGAAUUAUGGAAAGUUGAACUGGUUGGCUCUGUUCACGAGGUUCUAUAUAAUAAUGGAUUUGUAUUGCUCUUUGUAUGAAACAAGGACUCUUCGGAGAUUUGAGCACACUGGGAGUCGUCCCUCAUUGUUAUCUGAAGCUGCUGCUGAUUGCUGUGAAAAAUGCUUGAUGUCAUAAAUUGUCUUUAAGGUAGAUAAAUAGAUCUCUUCCUAUUGAUUAAUGUUUGACUGAAAGAACAGAGCUCUUGAUUUUCACGUGAAUGUCCUUAGCAAAGGAAGGUAACACUAGAGCCCAGUAGGCAGAGACUUCUCUGAAUCUGUUUUCCUUGAACCGUGAACUGAUCAUUAUGACAACCAUUGAUGCUGAGGUAUUUCACCUAAUACCAUGUUCAGGCUCUACUUGUAGGGGAAUGAUUUUAUGUAGUUUAAUUUCAUUUUGUUUAUAACUUCUUGCCAGUUUAAAAAAAAAAAAAGCUGUCCCAUUUAGCAUACUAGGAGAACAAGAGGUGUACAAUAUUAAGAGUUUUAACACAGGUUUCUAAAGUACUCUGCCAUCUCUCUUCUUUACUGGAACCUGCAUUGUUUUAAAUAGUCAUAAUUAAAAAUAAGACUUAACCAUCCUGUCAUUUCUAGUCUACAAUAUGUAACAGACCAAGAAUCUGUAGCAUAGAUGAUGCUGGAAAAUAUAGCCAGGAGAAGAAUGGCAGCGUUUGGGUUUGUAUCCUGCUCUGCUUGGCUGUAAGAAAAAACAUGAUGCAAGCUUGAAAAGGAAAAAUGUACCACGAUAGCAAAGUACAGUGGCAUCAGUUAGAACUGUGAAAGUUGCAUUCUUUUCUCUUUUGGUUUAUAUACAUUCCUACAGUGUAAGUGUGGGACUUGUGCUCGAAGAAACUGGAAGUCUAUAGUACUUCAGUUUGCUCAGUGCUGCUCUUUCUUGCAUCUGUUUCGUUUUUUAUAUUUUCCCAACAGCAGCUGAACUUAGUAUUCUACAUAAAGAGCUUGAUUAUAUAAAGUUGAUUAUUUACACUGCAGUGACUUUUAUACAGGAAGUGUGUACUCUCUAUUUUUUUUAAGUUGCUGAUUGUCUUAUUUCCUUCAAAGGAAAUUAAAGAGGAAAUAGAUGUUAGUUUAGGGGAAAUGGCACAGAAAGCAGAUAUACCAUGAAAAUUAUUAUAUGGAGAAUUUAGUACCUAGAACUAAAAGUAGAUGAUGGUCUACACUAGAGGAUGGUUUACACUUUCAGUACUGCAGACAUUGCUUAAGAAUGCUGCAGUGAGCUGUAAUAGAUGAGCUAGUCUGGCAUAUUGUAGCAAAUGUUGCCAUGCACACUGUCUGUACAAAGUAUAUACAGUGGUGAUAGUGCAAGUUAAAUCUGUUGUAUGGAAGUUUCGAAAUGGACGCAAAAAUUUUUCUUCUCCUCACUGCAUAUCCUUCACUGUUAUUGGCCGAGACUUUGUUAUUAGGCUGUUUAAAGUUCUUAAAUAAAACUAGUCUGCUCUUCAGAAUUGUUUAAUACCCAUAAGUCUCACAGUUAAUGGUGAGAAUUGCAGAUAUGUUGCAAUUUUUACAACUCAAGCCACUCUUAAUAGGUGCUUCAGUGAAUGAAUUGAGGAGCUUAAGUGUUCAAGUCUGCAUAUCUGAAGUUUACUGAAAAGAUUGCAACCAAAGAUUUCCAUAAAAUACCUGAAAACUCAACUACAGCUCCGAUGCUUGGGAUGGUCCAGAGGCUUUAGUCAACGUAUGUGACUUGUUUUAAAUGUGGUGUAAAAAAAAAAAAAAAUCUCCAAGAUCUUCAUACCAAAAGAAUCUAUUUUAUAUUGUAUUGCAAAUAAAGGCAAAUGAAAUAAUUUUCUUUUCUUCAGUUAGUUUUAUUGACAGUGGGGAAAAAUCAUGUGCAUUACAACAUUUUAAAGCUAUUUUAAGUUUCUGUAUUCAGCAAGGUCUCUAACUUGCAAAAGAGAGAUCGGCUUUGUGCUUAGGCAUAACCCAACUAGUAUUAAUUCUAGAUGGAUUUACCUAGAGAUGUUUAGGAGCCAACUAGAAAGUGUAUUUUGUUUGAUUUCAGAUUUUUUGAUCACGAUUCCUAUUAUUUCACAGUUCUUUUCCUGUCCAUCAUGGUUCUCAGAUCUUCAUUUUCUUGUUCAGUGUUCCUAAUGGUUUGUAUUUUGAAGGUUUUAAAGUAUGACUGUAACUGAAUACAGUUGACAUCUUCUAGUGUGACACUGUUAAUAUUAUACAUUGAAUUGUACAAAGUCUGUGUUCCAUUAAAUUAUUGGCACAUGUAACAUGUUUACAAAUAAACCGUGGUGUAGGUUAAACCAUG